GCAGUGGUAAACAGACGUCAGAAGGGAGUCUUCGCCUCGAGUCAAAAAUAAACAAAAAAAGAUAUACGAUGAAUGAAUAUUUGGACAUCCAGAAUAGCCACAAGUCAAGCGAAACUAACGAAUGAAAGGGGGAGAAUUCCAAAGGACGGUACUGAAGCCUUUUUUUCCGACUUUUGAAAGGAUUUUAAACUCCGAAAUAACUGGAGUUAGCCAGCAGCUAACUUUAAGUGGCUAUCACGCUAUUUAAAAAACUACGUUUGGUGUGUGGAGUCGAGCCGAGGUGGGAGAGCCUAAACUCCAAGAAACCGUGGAUUACGAACCGUGCUUUAAAUUGGCCACAAGACGCGGAGUGAUCCAAUUUUAGGCACACUCUGAAGGUUUGUGCUCGCGCGAGCAUCGUGUGCUGCUGCGUGUCAAGAAACAUGGCAGAUGGUGACACGCGCUUGCCCGCAAUGUGGAGGAGUGUGAAAAAUUGAAUCAGAAAACCACGAACUUUCUGAUCCAUUUGUUUCUUCUAAUUUUGUUUUACAGACCACCAUGAUCAAACUGUUAAGUAAGGUUUUGCGCUCAACAUUUUAUUUUUGUCAGUCGACUAAAAUUACUUAGUACUGUAGCCAAAGAAGCGACAGCCAGCAUAACAUUACUGUUUUGACAUCAGAAGUAAACGUGUCAUUGCUUAGAUAAUCAAAUAUUGCAGAUUUAUUUUACUUGAAACAUUGACUAUUUUAUUGCAUCCUCCAUUAAUCCAGAUUUUGUGUUCACUCUAAGUAAUAUUGUUUCACGGGAGCUGUGACAGUUAGAUGUAUGUUGAAAUCAAAAAGUUGUUGUUUACUAAAUUGCUUUGAAUUUUAAUAUCAAUGUUCAAACUAAUAUUAUAUAAACUCCAGUAUUCUAUUGAAGCGGGGGGUUAUUUCUACGAGCGAAGGAGCGAGACAGCACGUUGUUUACAAGUGCAGACGGAGGCACCGCAAACCAAGUCGGCUCUUUUGUAACAGAGACCCACUGUGGUAAUCCUUAUUUGUGGGUUAUUUGAAAAGUAUAUGUGUUUGAGGGUAACUUUUAUGUUAUAAUGUUAAAGCGAAAAGCAAGACGCGAAAUAAGUCAGUUCAAUUUAUAGUGUUGUGAGAGCAAUACUUUUAUAGCUAACGUUACUUUUACCUUCAUAAACAUCGAAUAUAUUUACAUUUUCCACAACAAGCCACCGAGACAAACGUUUAUAUAUAUAUAUAUGUAUAUAUAUAUAUAUAUAUAUUUUUUUUUUUAAAGUAUAUACCCCACAGUAACACGUUAUGUGGGGCAUAAAUUGCAUUGGUCUUUGAUUUCAAUCCAGAUGUUUUGGUGUGCGUUCCUCCCCGAGUUCUCUUUGUUCUUUUAUACAAACAAAGGAACCGUCAUCCCAGCCCUCCUCUGCUCCAUGUAAAUCGGAAGGUUUAUGAUAGUUACUAUUAAAGGGAUUAUUUGGGUCCCCUAAUCUCCAAUCUCAGGAUUAACACCGCUAUACUGGUGUAUCCAGAUUAUUGUUUCUCUCUUCUACUAGUCCCCUUAAUAGAGAAUGGAACAUAGCGUUUUUGUGUAGAUAGUUGAGGUUUAUAUAGAACUUUUGGUUAUACAAUAAUUACAUUAGACAGUAUAGUCUAAUUUUGAACAUAGACCCCUUCUUAGAUAAGAAUAGGCCUACAUUUUGGUGUGCCUAUUACAAAUACAUGUCCCUAGAUUACAUUUUACAUUAGUCAUUUAGCGGAUGCACUUAUCCAGAGCGGUUUAGAGGAGCAACUAGGGUUAAGUGCCUUGCUCAAGGGCACAUCAACAGAUUGUUCACAUAGUCGUCUCAGGGAUUCAUGCCUUCAGUUACUUGCCUAACGCUCUUCACCACUAGGCUACCUGCGACCCUACAAAAAUACAAUAUUGUUAUUUUGAUUUAAAAAAAACAUUUUGUUUCAAUAUCUGUCUCACUAUUAUUUACCUUGACAAUUUAUUGUAUGUAUCAUCCCUUAGUUGUCUACAUUUAGGAUAGUUGUAGCAAACAAAACUUUUACAAUGGAGGGUUCGACGGUACCUACGAUUGACCCAGAUUUUGAGCCGCAAAGCAGACCUAGGUCGUGCACAUGGCCGCUCCCCAGACCCGACAUCUCAGCUGUCAAACCGGAGGGGGGGGACGGCCCUGAAUCUUCUGCGGGAACCCCGCCCGCCGCUGACGAUAAGCAGGAGCAACAGCAAGUCAUAUCCGAGCCUGAGAAAGUUGUGGUCACAGAGGGAGGAGUCGUAGCCGGAGUAGGUGGAGCCACACCCCGAAAGGGAUCAUCCCGGCGCAAUGCAUGGGGGAACCAGUCUUACGCGGACCUGAUUAGUCAGGCUAUUGAGAACUCUCCAGAGAAGCGUCUAACCUUGGCACAGAUAUAUGACUGGAUGGUGAAAACUGUGCCUUACUUCAAAGAUAAAGGAGAUAGCAACAGCUCAGCAGGGUGGAAGAAUUCAAUUCGCCACAACUUAUCACUCCACAACAAGUUCCUGAGAGUUCACAAUGAGUCCACAGGCAAGAGUUCUUGGUGGAUGCUCAACCCAGAGGGGGGCAAGACUGGGAAAGCCCCCCGUCGCCGUGCUGCCUCCAUGGACAACAGCAGCAAACUGCUGAAAAGCCGGAUGCGAGCCAAGCAGACCAAGAAGGCAGCAGCAGGCCUGGGCGGGACCACUGGGGGCGAUGGCGACAGGGGCGCAGACAGUCCCAACUCCUCCCAGCAGUUCCCCAAAUGGGGGGUAAACAGCGGCAGCCCCUCAUCCCGUGGUAGCCUAGACGAACCUGACAUGUGGACCAGCUUCCGUCCACGCACCAGCUCCAAUGCCAGCACCCUGAGUGGCCGGCUGUCCCCCAUCGGCCCCGGGCAGGAGGAUGAGGAUGACCUGCCUGAGGAAGGUUUACUCGGCUACUCCACGGGCAACCUGCCCCCCACCCUCACUGAGACACUAAUGGAGGAGCUGGACCUGAUCGAUGGCCUGACACUGAUGACCGAGCAGCAGGGAGGGGCUAGUCCCAGCACAGCCCCACCGGCUCCCCCCACCCCUCUGCCCUCUGCCUCAACACUGCUUCCCCGGGGCUCCGGGUUCCCCUCCUUCCGCCAGCUACAGCCAUCUAACAUCUCCCAGGCCCCCAACCAGACUGGGGGACAGUCCUCAGGCACACAAUGUGGCAACAAUAACAACUCAAAACCAUUAAACUAUGGUAACUCUCUCUUUAACCCCAUGCCCAGCCCUGGCUCCCGUGGGACUGGUCUCUAUGGCACUCAUGUUCCCUCCAGCUUGGAGGCAUUGCUCACCUCGGACUCCCCGCCUCCCAGUGAUUUCAUGAUGACCCAGGUGGACCCCCUUAUGCCCAGUCCUGGUGUAGUGGGGAUGAUGGGCAUGGGGGGGCCCAUGGUGGGAGGGCGGCCCAAACCUAACCAGCUGUUGCUGGGGAAGGGGCUUGAGCCAAACACUGUGGCAUCCAUGAGGAUGCAGUCCCAGCUUCAACAGCAGCACUCUCAGCUGGGCCUGGGCAUGAUCCUGUCAGGCAUGGCCCAAGACUCUCCACAGCUCUCAGCCCUCAAAGCUCAGCAUGCACAGCUGCCAGGUUUGGGGCCUCACCACGGAGGGGUUCUAUCCAAUAUAGGAGGAGGUCUGCCAGGGAUGGGCCAGUUCGGAACGCUGAGCUCCUUCCUACCAAGUCAAGACCGCUUGCCCACCGACUUGGACAUUGAGAUGUUCACAGAGAACUUGGACUGUGACGUGGACUACAUCAUCAACAGUGACCUCAUGGAUGGAGAGGGCAUUGAUUUCAACUUUGACCCCAUAGUGCCAGGUGGGCAAAGCUACUCUGGCCCUGCAACUACGCAGAGCGCCGCCCACAACUGGGUACCCAGCUAACUUCUCAGCAACCUUGCAGUGUUAGCCAGGUAAGGAUCCCCAAUCACACACAAACUCAACGACACCUACAACAAAGAACACACCUGGUGCAUUCAUUCCUAAUCCUCAUCUCCCCAUUGGCUGAAGAUCCAAUUCCGAAACAAUUUUUUAAACCUUUGUGCUUGUACUUUUGAUGAAACCAGACCUCAGACAUCCAUGUCACGGGCCAUCCAUGUCCCUCCCCCUAGUAACAGUUGCAACUUUUGGGGACUUUGCCGUAUUUUUAUGAGUGUUUGAGAAAAGUAUGACAGAAUUUAUUUGGAGUAAAAGAUGAAGCACAACUAACAACUCUUAAGUUAAUAUCACAAUGACUAUUAUCACUAUACCAAAGUAGUUUUAGGAUUGAUAUGGUACACUUCCUUGAUGUCUUUGAUAUUGAAGGUGAAAUGGACAGUGCACACAGGAAAAAAUUGCCAGUUUUCAUAUAAAUUGUAGGUGGUUAACUAUUACCGACAACCACCAACUUGGACAUGAAAUGACGCUGCUGCAUCUUUAUCUAUGGAGGGAAUGAAGUUCCAACACACUCCUCUGGACUUUCCUCAAUUCAAAUAUUGAGAAGAUGGCACGAGCAAAGGCUGAUGAUGUUAAGUCAUUGGAUGAGACCAAGUUGAAGAUAUAUGAUUUCACAUUGGACUCCGCAUGUUGACCGAACGAAGUCUAACAUUUGGUCGCUUGGUGGUACGAAACAUGUGCUUCUGUUUCUUUUUCAUUGACGAGACCGCAGCUGCAAAGUAACUAGGAGUUAUGUCAGUAGUCAUUUAACAGUACAGGGUAUGUGAUAUGCAUUUACCGCUUGGCAUUCAUGACUCCGCUCAGUGUGUGCUAAAGAGCAGGGUAGAAAACACUUUGGUGGAGUUUUUUUUAUUUUCCUGAUGUGCAGUUACACUAACAAUGUGAAGAAAAGUGAUUUGUGAGCUUUUUACAGGGGGCAUUCAAAGGUAAUUGUAUUUGCCAACAAAUUAUUUGGUUGACAGUGUUAUAUCAUUGAAAGCUGUUUUCCUCCACUGCUUUAAGGGCCGUUUUGAAGGUUUUGCGGAACUGGGUUGUGUUUCAAGGCACUUGGGAGUAUUCUUGUCAUGUGGCUCCUGUACUCUAAUGGCAAAAUAAGAGACUAAACCAAGUUCGGUUGAAUCAUUUCAUCAAAGAAAAGAGGCAAGGUUGUAUACAUGCUAUGUAAAUAGACAUGUCAUGCUAUGCAGAUCAAUCAGGAGAAUUCAAAAGAAAUCUUGAAGGAAAUUGUUAAGAUCUCCUCUUGAAGGGUUUUGCAUUUAAUGUUUUCCUGCAAUGUUCUAUCCCUUAAAGUAAGGGAAACUGGGGCUUCACGUGGAAAUAUUUUCUCACUGAUAACUUUGUUAUACAUCUUUUUUUUCAUUAAAUUAAUACAACAUGUGAGAAGUAAAAUAUUUGACUAGUUUAAUAUACAAUUUAGAUGGAGGUUAUGUGUGAAAUAUUAACAUAUAUGAAUAUAUUUCUAUUACUAAUCAGAAGUUAUGGAGAAAAACAAUUUCAGAUCAUUUUGAACGGUCAUUUUCUAUAUAUUCUUUUAUUUUUUUGUAAAAGAUGAGAUGCAUGUAGAUUUUAUACAUAACCAAAAGAACACUAAGAAUUACAUGGCAGGUAGGGGGUCAUUGGGACAACAACAACAAAAACAUUUUAGUGUAGAUAAGCUUCGCAAGUGGAGCCAAAGAAAGAAAGAAAGAAUAAUAACUUGAUUUUCCAAAUUGACUUGGCACUUAGUUAAUUUGACUUGAUUAUUGUGAAAUUUAAAUCCAAGUAAAAACCUGCACGUUAUUUACACAAGGGAGGACAUUUUGCUUUCAGCAGUGAUUCUGAAUUCACAUCUCAAAUGAUGCGGCGAUCAAAUCUCAGGGUCAUUCAAAAAUAAUAAUAAUGGAAACAUCUUCCUUAAGUGAGUAAUCAGAUAAUCAGCAGAAUUACAUUUAUUUUAGGUGAAUUUACAUGUUAAAAUACAAGACUGGAAACCAACAGCCCCUCGUGUUUUGCCAUUUUCUUGAUCGCGAGGCAUCCUUGACACAAGGGUCUUUGAACCAUACCACUCUCAAUUUAACGCUUAAAAAUAUCAAUUCUAAUUUUACUUUCAAGGAUAGAAAUAAACAAGAGAUCUUUAGUCAUGUAUAUCAUAACAAUAGUCUUGUUCGAGGUUGUUAAACUGCCAAUAUUGAACACUAUAGCAUGUUAUUCAAUAGCAAGAUGCACCAUGUCAUUUUUCAUGUUUUUUUUCCUUUAGAAGAUGAGUUUUGUGUUAAGAGGAAGUUUGUAUUUAAAUACUUGAUCACGACAGAAGAAAAGGUUUCAUUUAUUGUAAAUGUGUUUUGUGUUGACCAGUUUUUCAUCUGAAAUGCAUCCUAGAUGGAGUUUGACAUCCAUUAUUGAUCAUUUCACUGUAACCAUGUGAAUACUUUAGCUUUUCAUUUGUAUAAAGCACUCUCUUUCUCACAGAUUUUUCUAUUGACCGGUGCUAGUUGUCAUUUAUGACAUACCCUAAGAGGGCCAUAAUGCAAUGGGUGCAUAUUUAGAUUAUUUCAGGGCCUUGAAUCAUUUGUAUGCAGCACAAGGAUAUUUUGAGUGAGGUUGUGAUUAGUUAAAUCUGAAAUAUGUAACUUUUUGGGCAACCUGACAAAAUUGUCGUCAUUGUAAGCAAGUCUAAGAAGCGGUAGAUCUGUUCUAUGUGCACUAUUUCUAUGCUUCCCGUUUUUAAGUUUAAUUUUUGUCUUUUACUUUCGAUUUUAUACACCAUCUGAAAAUAUAAUUUUUGGUUAUGGAAAAUAUAUUUCACAGUGGUUUAGAUGGUACGAUUUUUGGUUAUGGAAAAUAUAUUUCACAGUGGUUUAGAUGGUACAAUGCGUAAUGCUACACUAUGCGUGAUUAUUUUGUCACACAAACUGAAAUUAGGCAAGCUAUUAGAAUUUUAGCAACCAGGAAAUGGCGGAGCGAUUUCUGCAUAGUGCAUCUUUCAAGAAACAAACCUUUUAUUUUUCUGUAUUGUGAUCCCCAAACGUUGUCACUUACAAAUAGUUUUGAAAUUAAAGUGAAUACCAUGUAGUUUGAGGUAUUUUAGUAAUGAUGUAUGAAAUGUAAGCAAAAGGCAAUUAAUUUACUGGUCCCAUUGAUGUACAACAAAUCAACUUGUUUGCUGUGAUGGAUUCCACAGGGUCAUACUAUUGUUACCAUUAUCAUCCGGGUCUUUGAGACAUGUCUUCUGCUUAUGCAUCUUAGGAUGGGUGUGUGUUUGAUAGGACUGUAUGAAAGUGAAUGUGUCAGUGUUGGACAGUAGUGUAACUUGUGUGUUGGUGGCUGUUUGUAAAAGCACAGGCUAUAGAGGACAUCCUUCUCAUAGACUUUAUUUGCUCGGUCAUGCCUUGAGUAAUCUGCUGGCGUUUCAGCCACUGUCACCUACAAUAUAUGGGCUUUUUACUUUGUAUCCCCUAGUCCCUGUAAUAUUUCCUCUCAAUAUGUUUCUUACAUUUCUUUAAUACUAAUUUUCUUAUAAUAAAAGUAGGAGUUAGUAAUUUUCUUAUUUUUAAAUAAAAAACAGCCCCACUUUUUGAUAGUA